CAUCCAAAGCAGGGGUUGUGUCAUGUCGGUGGUGCAUCAAACCACAUAUGAAAAUAUGUAAAAAUGGGAACGCUUUCAUUGUAGAUCCAAACAUUUCCUAAUGACAAAGCUGAUUCAGAGGGGAAAUUGCCGGCAAAUAAUCCACGCCCAACAUUGUUCAUCACCCAAUUCCCUCCGAGUCGUCUUCAUCAUCUGAACCCAAAAGCCCUUCCAUUGACAAAUCCUUUAUUUAUUUAUUUAUUUUCCAAUCUUGCUCAUACUCAUAUCAUAUCCACCAUGGACGAGUUUGGUCGUUUAACCCAGAGUUUCGGCCUCAAACCCCAGGGAAAAUCGGCACCCAUGGCGGCUUUGAAGGGACCCAGCACCGCCGGCAAUGACGGAGCCUUCAAUUUUGAUGCCGGAUCGGGGGUGCACAGCAAUGGCGGUUCUGGGGUUUCUCAGAAUUUUGGGGGUUUGGAUGAUUACGAUGAUAUUUUUGGGGGACUCAAUAGGAAUUCAAAUAAAUGGGGUGGUGGCGGUGGUGGUGGGUCUUUGCUUGAUCAUGAUUCGGUGUUUGGAAAUUUGAAUAGUUCUGGGGCGAAUCGCGGUGGUUCUAAUUAUGAUGGAGAUUUUUUUGGAGGGAUUUCCGAGGUGAAGAGCUCGGGGACGGUGAAUUACAAUGAUGUAUUUGGGUUUACGGAUUCCGGGUCCAAGCAGAGUGAUCAGUUUGAUGAUUUUCUUGGGAAUUCGGGCGGUGUGGAGAAGAAUGCGCCUCGGGGUUUUGAUGAUUUGAUACCAGGGUUUGGUGGGAGCGGCGCUGCCAAGAAAGGAACGAAUUCAGAGACAAAUAAGCUUAAUCAAUCAACAGUUGGUUCAACUAAAUCCACAUCCACAUUGGCCGAAAAUCCCUUUGUACUAUUUGAAUCAACUUCAACCCCUGCAGAUACUUCCUCACCAGUGUUUUCAGAUCCACUGGAAGAAAUGAGUAAAAUCAGUAAUUCAAGAAAGGGUUCAUCAUUUAGUAGCGGAGCAUUUGAUGAUAUGGAUCUCCUUAAUGGCUUCGCAAAAUCAAUGCCAACAAUGUCAUCUAAUAAAAGUUACAGUGGUAAGAAUGGAAGUUCACUAAUAGAUGAACCUGCAGAGCAACAAAGUGAUCUGGAAUUUUUUUUCCGUAAGGUUGCUCCCCCAAGCAGUGUGCCAAGGCGUGAGGCUACUAGUGCGUUCCAUGACAGAGGAGUCCCUGAAAUGGUGAGAAAAACAUUUUCUGGGACCUCAACCACUGUGGAUACUGUGGAUAAGGCCUUUUCUGGGACCUCAAACAGUGUAGAUAAGGUUUCUUCUGCUACAAAUGUUUUUGAUGACUUCUGGAAUUUUGGAGCUGCCCCUUCACCAGGAGAAUUUCAGGAAGUUGAAGGGGAAAGUGAAGAAAGACGAAGAGCAAGAUUCCAAAGUCACCAAAGGACCCAGGACAGAAUGGCUAAAGCACUGGCUGAAAAAAAUCGAUAUGACCUUCAAACUCAGCAGGAGCAAGAAGAGAGACAUAGAAUUGCUGAAAGUCUAGACACAAAGAUAAAGCAUUGGGCUGCAGGGAAGGAGGGCAAUUUGCGAGCACUUUUAUCAUCAUUGCAAUAUGUGCUCGGGCCUGAAUGUGGUUGGCAACCAGUUUCAUUGACUGAUUUGAUUACCUCAGACUCGGUCCGAAAAGUUUACAGAAAGGCCACCUUAUGCAUUCAUCCUGAUAAGAUUCAACAGAAAGGUGCUAGCGUUCAGCAGAAGUUUAUUGCAGAGAAGGUUUUUGAUGUUCUGAAGGAAGCUUGGAACAAGUGCAAGACAGAGGAAGGCCUAUAAAUAUCUUGGAUGAUUAUUAUUGUGCAAGAACUUUUGAGCUACUUCUUCAACAAUUGCACAAGGUCCGUCCCUCUUUGGGAGGGUGGUAAAGGAGCAAUGGAGCUUUUGUUGGUCAAUGAUGCUGUGAAUCGCCGGAAAAGAAGAUUGACUCCAGGAAACAUGGAUUUAUAGGAGGAUCUGUUCGUUUAUGUUGGAACUUCUACUUAAAAUGUAAAAUGGAGAUAUCAAAGGAUGACUCUGACUUUCCCUCACACACACACACAUGGAAAUUCAAUCAGACGUUGCUUGGAUGGGUAUUGGUAUUUAUUUAUUUAUUUAUUUAUUUUUAUUACUUGUGUAAUC